GCGCUUUCUUUUAAAUCCCUAUCAACGUGUCGGAAAAUUUCUGUUAAUUUAUUGUGUUAAAAUAUAAUAUUGUGAGUAUUAAAAAUGGACGAUCUUAAACAAAUCGUUAGUAAACAAAAUUCUCUGGCUACGGCCUGCGCUUUGAGCAAAGCUUUACAAACAAUAGCAGAGGAGGCAAAACAAAAAUCCGAUGGGAAAACUAGUUUCAGCCCUGUGACUAACCAAAUAAAUCUGCUGAAGAAUCUUUGCAAAUCUGAAAAUCCACACACAUCGCAACUUGCAGUUCAAGCUUUGGUUCAGCUUGUCGAAAAUGGUACAGCGGAUCUGGGCCAGGCCUUAGGAAUUUUGGUAACCGCAUUGGCUCAUUCGACGGCAGUUCAGUUCAUAGCGUUGGCUAACGGAAUGUUUGAUCUGUUGUUGCUGGAUUUAAGACGUCGAUGUAUAGCUCUGGGCACUGAAAAGUAUGUCUGCCAGUUCGAUAUCAAACAUCCCCAACAUCCGCUGAUACUACUGCUUUUGGAAAAGAAGGACAUUGUAAAUGUUUUAUUUUUCGCCGGGAAACUGCAUUCCGUUUGUAAUCAUCACGACCAAAUAAUACGCGACAACAGCAUCGAAUUUCUGCGACCAGUGAUUUUAUUUCAGUUUAACAACGUCAACGUACCUACGGAAACGCAUAAAAUCUGGUCCACUCUGGUUAAAACAGCUCAAAAUAAUUCAAAAGCCGAAAAUCUCAUCUACGAAGUUUUCAGUUGGAGCAAAUCUACAUCCUUAGAGCAGUGUCUUUAUACAAACAGUUUACUGCUCGAAAUCCUGGAUUCUCUUCCUGUGGACAAUCGAUUUGCAGGACUACGAGGCGACUGUUGUCUAUACUUGGCGGCCAUCACUAAAGAUCUUAUCAACUACAAUAUAGAUCCACAGGAAAAUUUCUUGAAAAUAUUAUCCAGUUUGCAUGCCCUGGAAAAUUUCUAUGAAUUCGACGACGCCGUUCUUCUCAUGCUGAUGGCCGACAUACUAGAAAUUCUUUCUCCAGUUUACAUCCGGGAAGCCAUGAGAAUCAUACGUUUGCUGCUCAAAUCAGCCCCACACCGACUUAGCCUUGCAAUGAUUUCUGAUGCAGUAAUACAGCUCUUGGCUCAGCAAACAUUUGUCAAAAGUUAUCUGGAAGAUUGUGAUUUUAUUUUGAGACACAUUGCUGAAAUCAACGACGAGAAUUUUGCGGCUCAAAAUAAACCGGUUAGAUCAAUUGUUUAUUUUCACAAUGACUUGUCAAAAUAUAAACAUCUUAGCUUAGGAUGGAUCGCCAUUGAGCAAGGAAUCAAUUCGAUUGAUACUUUUCUAAAUCACAUCGAGUUGAACCUGAGAUUUGCCGAUAAAAUUUCUCUAGUCUUAAGAGCAAUGCUUCAUUUCAAAAAUUUAAACUUUACCGAUUGGAAGCGAGUGUUUGAGCAACUGAUACGACUGGCCAAAUGCAACGAAGAUGCCUCAGCUCGUAUAAUCUCUCCCGUACUUUAUUUUCUGGCCAACGAGACUAAUAUGCAUAAAAAGUUGCUUAUAUUACAAAACCUUGCAUCACUGGGAGCCAAAGACCACGUCCUGGGGGUACUUAAUGCUCUGGCUAAGGACAUCGACCGGGCAACGUGUUUUGAUCUUUUUCUUCGUCUUUGGAAAGCGGAACCCCGCACCUAUCCGUUUCUGUAUGACCUGCUGAAGGAUACGAAAGCAAGAUCACAAGACGAUCCGUGGGAAACAACUCUGGCCAGGACUUACACCAUCCGGGAAGUUUGUCUUAUCAAACCUCAACAGCAUGGUGCGGAUUUGGUGAAUCUGUUUUCGGAGAUUCUGAGCAACGCAGAAGAUGCCAACAAUGAGGCAGCUAUAGCUUUGGCACUCGAUUCAAUAGCGAGUUUGUGUGAGAAUCACGUAGUAAAUAUUGUUUCUACAUGGAAGGUUUUGGGCUUCAAGUUCACUGAUGAGAAACGCCCCAGGAUCAUCAGAGGUUUGUGCCGCUUUUUUGCAAACGUUCCAACUAUCAAGGUCACGUCACUAGAACAGGAGAAGUUGGUCAAUGAAAUUAUCAUCAAACUGUGGCAGUUUGUAACGGAUUUUGACGAUGGUGAAGUGAUAAUUGCUGCCUUAGAAGCACUGAAAGCGUUUCCCCCGGAAAUGAUGACAAUCUUCCAGAUACCGAGUAUUUUUCGAGGAGAUAUAAAGUUACCGGAUCCAGAAGAUGAGUCGCUAGAAGCUAAGCAAAUCCCUGGAGAAUGUUGGGUCUACUUGAUAAAGUACGUACAUUAUUCUGCUCUAGAAGCGGCUGGGAAUUUAGUCAUUCAUCACAUUGCCAACGAAAUGCAAACAUAUCGUGGAGGAGUAUUUCUGACACCUGAAGGAAGACCCGAACCUUCAUCCCUGAAAUAUCUACCAAAGAAAAGUAUCCUCUCGUCAAUUGUUAACUUUCUUAUCUCCGAGAGUAAAAAGCUUAACAGAUGUGAAGGUAAUGAGCAGUUUCUGAAAAAUCUGUUAAAUAUCAUUGCCCACAAAUAUCCCAAACCGAUCCCUCCGUUGGAUUGGUGUUUUCUGCUAGAUUACAUUCAUGUAUGUUUUGAAAUGAGAAGACCUUGUUUGCAAAUAUCCAUUAAACAGAUGCCUGUUUCGGGUUCUGCCAAACGUUUGGUGGAAAACUAUAUGGUGGUUCUAAUAGACGGCGUUAUGGAGGCAGAAGAUGUGCUGGUUUUCUACGAAAAUUUGGAAAUCGUAACGGAAUCUGCCAGCAAUGAUUUAUACAAACGAUUCAUUCAUUUGUCUUUGAAAUAUUUGAUCGAACUUGCGGAAGACGGAGAUCAGAGUUUCGCUCUUGUUACGAAGUAUCUUAAAGCAGCGAUCGUCAAAAGCUACGAAAAUGGAGAAAAUGUGGAAUAUUUAUACGAAACUAUCGAUAACAUGUUUAGUCGAUUUGAUUUAAACAGUGAGUGCUUCUAUCAAUACCUUGAAGUGUUCAGCUCACUACCAGAAAAAUACCAACAAUCAAUGCUCAAACCAAGUGAAUGGAUCGACAAGAAAAAUUUGCAUAAAUUAAAGAAAACUAUUCGCUUUUCUUUCUUUGAGCCCAAAGAUGGCAAUUCUCAAAGAGCAUCAACUUUCGCGGGUCUGGGAGAUAUCUUGAAAACCAUCUGCCACCUCGGAGAGGAACCGGAAGCAAAAGCCACGCAGAGAUAUUUCUUUCAGACUUUUAUGAACUUCAUUCCAUCAUUGCACAAAAAAUCUUUCCUCAGUAGCGAUUGGUUGCUCGAACUUAUAUACUGCAUUCAAUCGACAUUGUCAGAACAAGAAUGCAGGAAAAAAUCGGAGAUCUUGUUUGCUGUAGACGUAUUCAUGCUGGCCGUUAUCAGCUUUUCUGGGUGGUGUUGUUUUGUGUCACCGGAUGCUGUUAUUGACCACGUGGAUAAACGAUUAUUUGUAUUUCCCACUGCCUUAGCAUCAAUUUUCCAACAGAACUUGUGGCGAGACGUUGAAAAUAAGAUUUAUGAGUUUUUGUACCAUCUGUACAACCACUCUCAGAUUCCGUUGCAUUACGCUGAAUGUUUCCGUUACGCUUUAAUCAGUUGCAAGGAGCAAUCUUACUUUCAACAACCGAAGGUUUGGUCCAAAUUUGUUUCUAUGCGAAAAGUUUAAUUGUUGUAAUUGUUGCAAAUAAAUUUUAAUCAACGCUCCCCCAAUUUUUCUGCUGUCAAAUUCCACGUGACUGAAUUUGUGCCGGGAUAAAAUCAUCUCCCGGCGCAGAUAUCGCAAAUAUUGCUGUUUUGGGUCGGUCGGGAAGACAAAAGCGCCGGUUCCGACGUAUCAACGGAUUAGAAGCCGAUAGCGCCGGCUCCGGUUGUGCGAGGGCGCAGAUAGACGGGUGUCUCAGGCCUGAAGUCUUAGGCAAAGAUGGAGGAAACGUUGCUGGAGGUUCGAGAAAAGAAAAUGGCAAAAGCAGUGGUAAAAGGCCUCUCUAAAAUUAUGGAGCGGACAAAACAUGUUAGGGCUGCUCCCGAAGGAGCAGGUGAUGAAAUUGCAGCUGGAGGACAAAACCUGGCAGAAACGCUCGGCUGCUCGGAAACGUGAAAUUUCGGUUGAAGAAACAAUGUCUUUUAUAUGUGAAUAACAAUAUCGUUUUAAAAAUGUCCAAUAUACAGUUGUAGAAAAAACUUAAAAUGUUUUUAAUUUUAUCAUAAUAAUAGAAAGGAAAAUAGAGGGUACCAUUUAUUAUUUUUAAUUGUUAAAAGAUCUUCAGAAGAUCAGCUGUAGCGUCAGCAAAACUUGAAAUUGAAGAUUAAAUAACGAUAACAUAUAUCUUUUAGAUACAAUUUUAAUAAAGAAAAAAGCAAAAAAAAAUGAAUGGUUACUCUACUUAACGACCCGUUCGCUGUAUCGUAAAGUGCGUCCAAACGAUUCCAUUCUAUGAAAAAAAGACUAGUUUAAUCGUACAUUAAUAAUCCAAAACUAUAUAGCUAAUCUUUCGUGUGUCUUGGGAAGAAGAUAAUGGAAAUCGUUAUUCUAUAAUACCGAUUUAUGCGGGUUUACAUUGGGCAGUCCUUGGAAUACAUUGCUGAGUACCUAUAAUACUAGAAUUAUUACUGAAUGUAGUGUCUAGAUUACUCUAUCUGUAAAACUAUGAAAAUCUAUUUUUUAUCACAAAUCAGUACCUUCACCGAGUACCUUUGUCGCAAAUAGGGUUAUUACAAUCCUGUCCUAAACUAAUAGACACAAAACUAAUUUUAAAUUUGCAAAAAAUUUAAAUGAUGUUCAAAAUUUCCAACAGAUAUUGCUUUUGUUUAGCAAAUGAUUUUUUAUAAAUGUCUAAUUACGAUUUAUCAAAAAAAGAUCUACGGAUCCAAUACAUAUCUCAUGGUUUUCGGAACAUGACUUGGAAUAUUUUUUUCUCAUUUACACGUAGAAAAAGAACGGGGAGUGGUUUCAACAAAACGUUUUGUUAUUUUAUUUAGUAUUUCAAUAGUAGAUUUUUGAAUAGCUUUCACAAUAAUUUGGAAUGUAGAUAAUCGAAAAAUUUUGUUAUUUUUAUACGCUUAUUUUUUAUUGCAUAAAAUUUAAAUUUGGAUUAUUUUGAAACCAGUAUUUGGUUUAUUCGAUAAACGUGUAACUUAAAAACGAAAAGUCGAAAAAAGAAAAAAAAAAAGCUGAAAAGUUUUCCAUGCAUUCGAAUCACAACAUCAGCGGGAAAAACCAUCGAGAAGGCCCAAGCGAUAACGGCACGGAUACGGAUGGUGGAACCAACUUAGCAUGUUUUUCGGGGUCCAGGCCAGCAGCUUUAAAGAUGCUUCGACCCAAAGCGUGCCGCCUACCCUUUCAGCGAUGCAUACGAGAUGGAGUCGGUCGAGUCAUAGCAGGCUCCCGGUUGGCGUUCUUAGCCUAGGUAUUGGCCGUCGAGCUUCGGCUCUACCAGGGCGUAGCUAUAUAUACCGUCCGUCAGUACUUGGUCCAUAAAGCAACUGGCUCUAACAAUUGUGAUAAAAUUUAGUUAUUUGUAAGAUUGUGGAAAAAAACAAUUAAAAUCUUCAAAAAGCAUUUGAACUUU